AACUUGCCGUCACGAGGUCGCUCGGACCCAAGGAGGCGUGGCGCCAUGUGUUUUUUUUGGCGGGUACUUAUAGAGAGUGGCGUGGGAGGCUGCGCGUCUCGCUCCACCAGGCUGUAGCGCAUCGCUCACGCCGGUACCUGGAGCUCCGAGUCUCCACCCAGCUACACCGGGGUUCAACAGGGCUCCACCAGGGUCCUUUCGCGGUCCUCUCGGGGUCCACCAGAGCUGCACCGCGGCGCUUUGUCGAGGCCAUAACCCGGAUUUCGCAUCCGGCUCCACCGGGGUCCUCCAGAGCUCCACCAGGGUCCUCCAGAGCUCCACCGGGGUCCACCAGAGCUCUACCGGGGUCCACCAGAGCUCCACCGCUGCGGCUGUUCGGACACUGCACCCGUCCCACGUCCACUCCUCCAGACCUCCUCCUGCUCUGAGCGCCACCAGCCGGACAAUCAAUCAGCUGCUCACCCUCACCAGGUGUUGGGGAUGUUCGGCACGAUGGCCUCUGAGAACUGCAGCACACGCGACUACGCCAUGCUGGAUUCGCACCAGCUCUUCUUCUACUCGGAGGAGCUCGAGGAUGGAAGCUUCUACCAGUCCACUGCUCCUAGCGAGGACAUCUGGAAGAAGUUCGAGCUGCUGCCGACUCCUCCGCUGUCGCCGGGACGCCUCGAACUCGAUUGCCUUCUCUCGCGCGACGGCUGGGACCCGGGGCCCGAAAUCUUCUUGCCGAGCGCCAAGACCCUCGACCUGCUCGUGUCGGGCCUCCUGACCGAUCGGGCCGUGAGCGAGAGCUUCUUCUGCGACGCCCUGGAGGAGGAGGAGACCGUCAUCAAGCAGGACUGCAUGUGGAGCGGCUUCAACGCUCACGAGAAGCUCGAGAAGAUGAUGGGCCAGCGCAUGGGCCAGCGCGUGGCUCUUCUGCGCGGGGGCUACGUGGCGCCACCGUCUCCCGGCGAUAGCCCAGGGGGGCCGUCGAGGAGGUUGAGCGAGAGCAGCAGCAGUAGCAGCAGUAGCAGCAGUAGCAGCAGCAGCAGCGGCAGCGGUUCAGAUAGCGACUCCGAGCUGGACUACGGCUCCACGGAGGGCAGAGGCACGCACGGCCUGGACCUGCAGCCCAGAUUCUCCCCGCGGACCGCGGGACUCGAGACGCCCAGCGAUUCCGAAGAAGAGGAGAUCGACGUGGUGACGGUGGAGAAGAGACCGGCGGUGACGCCGGGCGACGCAGGUGCCAUCUCCGCGAGCAGCAACACCAACACGGCAGGCAUGCGCCUGCAGUCCGAACCGUGCGACCACGCGCUCAAGCGCUGCCAUUUCCCCAUCCACCAGCAACACAACUAUGCCGCGCCCUCCCCUCCCAGCCCGCCGCCCACCAAGCGCUGGAGGACCGAGGCCGCCGCGACGGCGGUGGCCGUGCGCGGCGCGGCGCGCGGAGAGCCGGCGCGGCUCCCCGCACUCGCGCGGUACGGCGGCGCUGGCGGCAGCGGCAAUGGCGGGGCGGGGGGGCGGCUGACUAGCAGCGGAAACAGCACGAGCAGCUCCGAUUCGGAGGAGAGCGAGCGGCGGCGCACGCACAACAUCCUGGAGAGGCAGAGGCGCGACGGGCUGCGCUCGAGCUUCCUCGGGCUGCGUGACGUCAUCCCGGAGCUGUCUAGGAACGACAAGGCGGCCAAGGUGAUGAUUUUGCGCAAGGCCGGCGAGUACGCCAAACGGCUCGUGGCCGAGGAGCACCGGCUGCUGUUGGAGAAGCGACAGGCGGAGGCGAGGCAGCACCAGCUGCUUAGAAAGAUCGAAUCGCUCAAGCGCUAAAUCCCGUCCGUCCGUUCGCCACCGCUACCGAAACAUUAUUUGCUCUCUGGGGAAGCAUGGGAAGCGCUCGCGCCGCCAUCCCCCAGUGUGGAAUUGCACGUUGUGGGCCACAGAGAACCGUGCCAUUCCACCAUCUUCAUCGUGGAUCCCCGCACCAUCCCCGUACAGUUCCUGGCUCUUAACAUAAAUGCAAUGCCCCCCCCCCCCCCCCACUUGUACAUUUUCCUGCUGCGCUGCAGCAGACUGGACAGUUUGUUUUCCUGUGUACGCGGUCGCUUCAGGUGUCCGUCGGGACUGUAGUUGGUCACAGCUGGUAGCUCAGAGCCAGCCCUGAAAGUCCGGGUGUGACGUCGGGGUAAGUCCGGUGCCAGUGCGGGUCUUGCCGCUUGCACAGGGGGUAUGCGGCACCCCCCUCCCCUCCACCUCUCCACCCACCCACCCUCUCCACCCCUCCACCCACCCCCUCCACCCCUCCACCCACCCCUCCACCCACCCCCUCCACCCCUCCACCCACCUACCCAUGCCGUGGACCACUAUGCGGGUCGUCGUCAAGGCCGCGCUGGCUCGGGAGAGAGAGAGAGAGAGCGCCAAUCGGCAGAGGAAGAGACUUAACUCCUGCACAACUGCUGACACUUUAUUUCUCAAAUUUGCAUAACAGAAUUAACUGAUGAUGGCCGUGUUCAGUGCUGAGCAAAUCUAUAAUAAUGGUGAUGACGACGAUGACUCUCUACCAGAAUAUAGCCAUUGUGUGUAAAACUUGGGGCUUGACAUUUCAAAGUAAACAAUUGUUGCCUUUUUUUGGAUGGAUUGAAUAUUGCAUCAUUUUAAAUAUUUAAUUAUUUUAAAUAUUUAAAGCUAUUUGUGUUUUAUUGUCGUUCUAGUCGAAUGUGUCACUGCCUGGUUCUAACAAUGAGUACUUUUUUAAAGAUUAAUGAAAUACCAUUUCGCGUUAAAAAGAAUUCCUGUUUCACAAUUCAGGGUUUUAAGAUUAUUUUUCAUAUUUUAUACGAAAAAUGCUUAAAAAUGCAACUGCAUCUGGAUGUGGUUUGUUUUGUGUGUUUUUUAGAUCGUUGCGUUUGUGUCUGGUUGGAAGUAAAUUUUUUCUAAUUAAUUUGCUCUCGCUGUUCUUGACAGUCGAUUCUUUUUUCAUGAGCACUUUAUUUUAUUUCCCAUAGAACAAAAUAAAAGUGGCUUGAGUUCGGAA